UUUUCCCUUCUAAAAAAAGCAACCACUUUCCCUUGCUUCCUGGAGUUGCUUCUGCUCUGUGUCAGUGAAAGAAAAAACACGAGAGAGAGAGAGAGAGAGAGAGAGAGAGAGAGAGGCCAUGGAAGCGGAGAAGGAGAUGGUGGAGCAGAGCUUGGGAGAGCUGAGAGAGACGUUCGAGAGCGGGAGAACGAGAAGCCUGACGUGGCGAAAAACACAGAUCAGAGCCAUACUGGAGAUGAUUCACGACAACGGGGACAAGAUCUGCACUGCUCUGUUCCAAGAUUUGGGGAAACACAGCACCGAAGCUUACAGAGAUGAGAUCGGAGUUGUCCAAAACGCAGCUUCCACUGCUUUGAAAUCUCUCGACAAAUGGGCCUCGCCCAAAAAGAGCAACCUUCCUCUGCUUUUCUUCCCGGCAAAGGGGAAAGUGGUGUCUGAACCAUUCGGAACGGUUCUCAUAUUCUCCUGUUGGAAUUUCCCAAUCUCUCUGUGUUUGGACCCUCUCAUUGGAGCAAUAUCAGCAGGUCGCAGUUCCUUCCUCGCCAAGACAAUCCCAUCUUACUUAGACUCCAAAGCCAUUAAAGUCAUCGAAGGUGGACCCGAUGUCGCUGCCAUCGUCUUGCAGCAUAAAUGGGACAAGAUUUUCUUCACAGGUGGUCCGAAGGUGGGGAGGAUCGUGAUGUCUGCAGCUGCAGAGCAUCUAACUCCUGUGACAUUGGAGCUCGGUGGAAAAUGUCCUACCAUUCUUGAUGAGCACUCCAUCUCAGGGGACAUCAAGGUCGCUGUGAAGAGGAUCGCCGGAGGGAAAUGGGGUUCUUGCGGUGGACAAGCUUGUAUUUGUGUCGAUUAUGUUAUCGUCGAAAAAAGAUUUGCAUCAUCUCUGAUUGAUAUGCUCAAGAAAACGAUCAAGACGUUCUUUGGGGAGAAUCCGAAAAACUGUGGAUGUCUCUCAAGGAUUGUCAAUAAGCAACACUUUCAGAGGUUGUCUCGCUACCUUGACGAUCCUCGGGUUAAAGCUUCGAUCAUUCACGGCGGUACCACAGACGAAGAGAAGCUGUACAUAGAGCCGACAAUCUUGUUGGAUCCUCCUCUUGAUUCGGAGGUUAUGACAGAAGAAAUCUUCGGUCCUAUUCUUCCGAUAAUGAAGUUAAAUGACAUCAAAGAGAGCAUAGAGUUAAUCAAGUCAAUUCCGAAACCUCUGGCCAUCUAUGCAUUCACCAAAGACGAGAACCUAAAAACCAGAAUCUUGUCAGAAACCUCGUCUGGAAGCGUUACGUUCAACGACGUCAUGGUUCAGUAUAUGUGUGAUGCAUUGCCAUUUGGAGGGGUCGGACCGAGCGGGAUGGGGCGGUACCACGGGAAAUACUCGUUCGAAUGCUUCAGCCACGAGAAGGCGGUAAUGGAAGGAAGCUUGAAGGUGGAGAUAGAGCCGAGGUACCCUCCAUGGAACAAGUUCAAGCUCGCUUUCCUCCAACUGGCUAUCGGCGCCGAUUACUUCAGGCUUCUCCUCCUCCUCCUCGGAAUCAAGAGAGUAUAGUUUUAUUAUACAAUCGAUCCAAAUGUUUUCGUUUUUAGUUCUGUCAAGAGAAUGUAGUUUGCCGCCAUUAUGAGUGAUUUCCUGUCUUUUCUUACAGAACUUUCCAAAAGCUCCAUAAGGGUUUUUUUUUCAAUCUGUAUUCUCUUGUUUUAUACGCAACAGUGUGUUUUCGCCAUUGAAACAUGGGAGAUAUUAACGGA